AUGAUGCCGUCUGGAGUUCGGCAGCGCGAUAGCUACACGUACAAGCUGUACGGGUCGCACUGCGAGGCACAACCAUUCCAUCGAUCUUCGUCGUCCGUGUCCCUCGCAGCUCGAGGCCACGCGCUCAAGCGUUCGGCCCUGCACCUUAUAUCUAUCUUGACGCUCAUCGGCGUCAGCAAGAUCGUGCCCGGCGGCAUCCCGACGAAGUGGAGGCCCUUUGUCGUCUCCGAUUCGAGAAUGAUCCCCGCCGGCGGCCCGAAGUGA